UUAAAGUAAUGAUUUCCUUCUACCUUAAAUCUCCGAGCUCUUUCUAAUGGUGUCUGCAAUACAAUACGUUCAGCUAGUAUAAGAGUGUGUAGCACAAACAAUAGAACAAGAUGUAUAAUUAUGACAAAAGUAUUUCUAACCUCAGGUGCCUCGUUGGUACUUUUCGGUGGAUAGUCGGCGUCAAUCGAGAUUUGUUUGUCGGUGGCUGGCGUGCCAUUUUUCUGCGAGCUGCCCCUCGGUUUACGUCGGUGCGAUUUGAACGACAUAAUUUUCGCAGUUCAGGGCGGUGAUUCUCUCGUUUGAAGAGGUCCCGCCGUUCUACUCAAAUCUACCUUGUCGUACCUACUCCUUCCAACGGGAGCGCGACCAGUUGAAAAACCACGCCCGAAUGCUCUCCCACGCAACUUCUUUCGUCGAAUCCCGUCGACAAGCGCGAUCGCGACAUCUCUCAAAGCGCAUGCGUCUGAAAACCUCGCUAACUCAUUCAUUAUGAGCAUCUACAGGGUGAGUCACUUGACGUGACCACCUCGAAUCGUCGUGACUCAUAACUCAUACCCAUUAUACUAAAAAAACAUUUCGAAUAAAAUGUUAUCGAAACGCGUUUCGAACAAAGUGGUAUCAAAAGGGCCACGUGAUAGGCUUCGUUUUAUUUAUUAUUAUUGUUAUUUUAAAUGAUUUCUCAUCUGUCUAAUUAUCUAUGUUGCAAGCAAUUGAAUCAAUUACAAUUUUAGUGUGAUAAGAUUAGUCAUUUUUAUUAAGGAUCAUUAUGUUCGAAGUAGGCUAAAGACUUUACACAGGUAUAGAUUCUAAAAUAUUUGCAAUAACGUGAAAUCACGUUUGUCUUUCUUUAAGGUGCCCGGCAGAAGUAUUCGUAGGGGACACUUUUUGUUACUUGUCAGGAAUGACGUUUGCCGUUGUCGGCAUUAUUGGGCACUUCAGCAAAACAACUUUGUUGUUUUUCAUUCCACAAAUUAUUAAUUUUCUGUACAGUGUGCCACAAUUGUUCCAUUUUAUACCGUGCCCUAGACAUAGAUUACCAAAAUACAAUAAAGAGAUAGAUAAGUUGGAGCCUAGCAAUACUGUAUUCAACAAAAAUGAGAUUGGUUUUAUUGGUAAAAUCGUAAUGUGGAUAUUUACGAAACUACAUUUAGUGAAAUGGAAAGAAGAUAAAAAAGCUAUUGUUACUUGUAACAACUUCACUUUAAUCAACUUUGUAUUAAUCAAAGUUGGCCCACUUAAGGAGUCUACUCUUACAAUGAUUUUACUAUUAAUUCAGAUCAUUAAUAUUGCAGGUUUUUAGUAGUUUAUUAGCAUUUGUUAUAAGAUAUCCUCUCGCUUCGAUCUUCUACGACGUGUGAAGAAGAACAUGUUAGAAAUCAAGGCAUAUACAGCAUUCUGUAUAAUUACAUUAUCAUUUCUCAAUGAAAUGAUGUUUUUGUACGGAUUUACUCUUGUACAAGAAGUUUUAAAUGUACAUGUACUUUCAGGGUUUGUAUCUGUCAUUUAUAUAAUUAUACGUUUCAUAAAUGAGCAUAAACAAAUGUAAAUAUUACUGUACUUUAUCUCAGGAAAAGUAAAUAUGUUCCUUUUCAGUUUUUAA